AUGACGGAUGUGUGGAGGGGGGUCUCAGCUGUCAUCGCUGGCAGCCAGCAGCCAAAUGAAGCUGAACUCAUGACGGGGCAGAAGACAACUAAUCUGCUCACUCACGACUAUUUUGCACUCACCACCGCCACCUUUGUGGAGCUCAGUACUAAGGCCAACUUGGGCCUGGGCACCUGGAAGUCUACCCCAGGCAAAGUCAGAGAGGCUGUGAAGGUGGCCACUGACAUAGGAUGUCGCCACUUGGACUGUGCCGUGGAGGAACUGGUGGACAAGGGGCUGGUGAAAAACAUUGGGAUCUCCAGCUUCAACCACUUCCAGAUCGAAAGGCUCUUGAACAAACCUAGACUGAAAUACAAACCAGUCAGUCAUCAGAUUGAGUGUCACCCAUACCUCAGGCAGGAGAAAUUGAUCCAGUACUGCCAGUCCAAGGGCAUCAUUGUCAUGGUUUAUAGCCCUCUGGGCUCUCCAGAUAGACCUGGCCCAUGGGUAAGACAUGAAGACUCUUCCCUACUGGAGGAUCCCAAGAUUAAGGAGAUUGCUGCAAAGCACAAAAAAUCCACAGCCCAGGUUCUGAUCUGGUUCCAUAUCCGGAGGAACGUAGUCGUAAUUCCCAAGUCUGUGACGCCAGCACGCAUUGCUGAGAACUUUCAGGUAAGAUUCCAGCUGGUUGGCCCUGGUUUUCUCAGUGAAGGAGGGGAUGGGAGAGAUUCCCUCACCAGGCCUCUCAUGCUGUCCCUGAGUUUUCUGUGGGCUUUUCCCCCUUCCCAGCACCUUGCAAUCUCUCAGGCCAGGGAGCUGACCUCAGAGCUGAGAUGA